AUGGAUAAAUUUUGGAAGGAAAAUAUUUUUGGUGAAUUAAAUUACAAAAAAUAUUUCAAAUAUUUUUUGAUAAUUACUUGUUCUUUAAAUUCUGAAGAGGAAAAUGGAGAUUCUCUUUUUGGAUUUAUGAAAUCAAAAAUUAGAAAAGCAAUGGAAAUUUGGUCAAAAGAAAAAGAAUUUACAGUUCAUUUGGAAAAUAAAACCGUAGAAACAAAUUUAAAAGAAAAUCUUUUGGAGUAUAGAAUUUUAAGUGGAUAUGAAGAAAAAGGGAGAUGUAGAGUUGAUGAGGAGUAAGUUUAAUUUUAUUAGAGACCCUGAAAGUUAAAAUUGGAAUGGCUGUGGGAUGGGAUUGUAUGGAUUGCGGGAACUUUUCAAAUAAUCGCACUUUUUCUCGCACUU